UUUCUAUCUUUCUUUUCGAUGCAAGGCGUAUUCUGAAACUAUCAAGUAUGUUGAGUUUGCAGUAAUAUCCAUCUUAAUCCUACUUCUCUGUGAGAAUUAUAAAAAAAUAGAAAAUUCGUCGAAAUCUAGAAUCUUUCCAAUAUCAAGAUGUUGAUGCCAAAAAAGAAUCGUGUGGCUAUCUAUGAAUACCUUUUCAAAGAGGGAGUUAUGGUGGCAAAAAAGGAUUAUCAUGCGUCAAAGCAUCCAGAAUUAGAAAAUAUUCCCAAUCUUCAAGUCAUUAAGGCUAUGCAGUCUUUAAAAUCUAGAGGAUAUGUGAAGGAGCAAUUUGCCUGGAGGCAUUUCUACUGGUAUCUUACAAAUGAUGGUAUUGAAUACUUGCGCGGAUACUUGCACCUACCGCCUGAAAUUGUGCCGUCGACUCUCAAGAAGCAACCGAGAUCUGAAACCACGAGGCCAAGACCUGCCGCGACUAGGAGCGAGGGAUCGAGACCAACGGAAGAUCGCGCAGGAUAUAGACGAGGUCCGGGUGGUCCUCCAGGCGCUGGUGACAAGAAGGCUGAUGUAGGUGCAGGUACCGGUGAUCUUGAAUUCCGUGGUGGUUUUGGCCGUGGAAAAGCUCUUCAGUAA